AUGCCUAACGUUACAACUUCGGAAAAACAAUUGUGCGAAAAGUGCCAAAAAGAGAUGUCAGGACUGAGAAGAACAAAAACAAAGAAUGAGAGAAAUCGGAAAAGAAUUAAAAGAAAGAAACAGGAAAAAAAGAAUUCUGAACGAGAAGUUAUCCAUAAACAAGAAUUUAUCCAUCCAGAACUUCCUGUCGUUUAUGGAAACAUUUUCAGUGGAGGUGAAUAUAAGGCCCCUAUCAUAAUUACCGCUCCUUUGAAUUCAUUGCGCGAGAGGUCGAUUGGCUGGGGGUUAGCUUUCUGGAAUGUUGAUAUUAUUAAUGAUCAUGUUAAUAAAGUCGAUGGUAAAAAACUUACAGAAAAUGAUAAUGAAGGGGAAAAGGCGACACCUGAAGUCGUCUCGAAUCUUAUUGAUAUCGAUAGUAUUCCCGGUAGUUACCCUUCUGAAUCAAAUGAAGUAAUUGAUAUUGAUACCAUUUAUAAUGAGCCGGCUCCAAAACACUGUCCUCCUCCAAUUCAACCAGUGAAGAUGGAAUUACCAUACCAGAAUACACAUUCGAAAGAUGCCCCGCUUAUCGAUGAUGAUGAUUCCAAAGAAUUAGAUCCUUUGAAGAACGAUGACAAAAACAAUUAUUAUGGUGAAUAUUCCAGUGCAACUUCUCAAAUAGGAAAAACUUUAGGCAAUACGAAUCCCAUUCCACUUACCGAGAUGGGAAACACUACAUCAGGUUGUUCCGGAGGUUCCGUGAGAGAAAAUCAGGGAGGAAAUUCUAAUGGAAGAAACGGUGCCAGGGAUCAAAAUCCACAUGAACCCGUAGGAGGAUACACUAAUGAACCUCAAUCAAUCUCCAGAUUUGAAGCAAUCAUUCGUAAUUUGCCAACAAACAGAGAAAAAAUAAGAUCGGUUGCACUUUUUUUCUCUUUCGGUCCGAGUAUUGAUUUUGUUCCAAGCCCUGAAGAGUUACAUAAACUAGGAUUUCAUCCCAUAUUCUGUCGUGUUCCUACAUACAGUCCAGAUAAUUGCAAUCGAGCGAAAGAUUUUAUUACCGACGUGGCGUUGAACUGCUGGGCCAAUGGGUGGAGAAUUACCUUGUUUGUAUCAAGUCAUUCCGCUAUCCAUCCUCAACUGAAUGCCGACUUUAUUUGGGAAUUACGCAAAGUCUUUAUCAAACAAACCUUAUCAAUAAUUGCAAUUUAUACUACUCGUUAUUCCAAUGUUCGGUGGAAUUUUUUUGAGGCCGGCGCAGACGCUGUUAUAACCAGCGGUAAAAAACAAGCACUUUUGAAUAUUUUUUAUGAAGAGUAUAAAACCUCCGGUGCCGAAGAAGGAAUCGUCAAAUUUUACAACAAGGCUGAACCGUAUUAUGAAUUCACAAAUUUCUUUCAAGCUCCGGUUUUUAUUGAUAGUCAGGUGUGGCCUUCAACUGAGCACUAUUUUCAAGCUUCGAAAUUUGAUAAUCCGGAACUUCGCGAAAAAAUUCGUAACCACAGUUAUGCACGUGACGCUUUUAGGACUGCGCGCGAAUAUGACAGAAUGAAACGUGGUAAUUGGGAAUUUCCUAAAGGGAAUCCAUACAAGGAACAUAUUAUGAGAAAAGCCUUGAUGUGUAAAUUCACGCAGCAUAAACAAUUGAAGUAUUUAAUCCUUUCCACUGGAACGGCAAGAAUUCACGAACAUACUGCCAACGAUUACUAUUGGGGAGAUGGGGGUCGAAAUGGUAGAGGUUUGAAUCGCUUGGGUGAGCUGCUGCAAGAACUCAGGACUCAAUUAAUGUUUGAAGAGUGUCGCCGGAUGUCUUUAAAUUAUCGUUCAUAUGGGGCCAAGUGGGAGAGAUGGAUAAUUCCUGAAUUGAACGAGUUAAAUUAUUUGGAGGGCUUUCACGAUGUUCAACAUCGUAUUAUAUAA